ACUUCCUAUUCUCACACACACACACACACAGACAGUAGAGACACUCUGACGCUCAUAAACACAUACUCAUAUAAACACACACACACACACACACACACACACACUGUCAGCUGCUCUAACUUUGUGUUGUGUCGCUGGUCGGACCGGAAGUCUCUCUGCGCAGCCUCACUGCUGUUUUCUUUCUUCCGCCGCUAAUUGAAAAACUUCUGCGGCUGUAAUGAGUGACUGAGCACGUGACUGUGACCCGGCGGCGAGCUCGUCAUCAUUAAACCCGGACAGCCGCCUCGCGCCGCCGCCGCUCAGCUGGAGGACCUCCCGGGGCUCCGGGGACCGGCCCGGUGCUCCGCCGCGCUGCUCCCGGAGAUUUACAGCCGGGAUCGAGCCCUGGCACCCGGCCGUUCAUCAUCAGAGCUGCGGUGCUAACCGGAGUGACACACACACACACACACACACACGCACGCACGCACGCACACACCCUAAAGUCCAGCUCUGGCUCCGCCCCGCCCCCACACCGCUGAGCUCCGCCCGCCCGCCGGGACGUUCAGCUGUACACCCCGGACCGGUUCAUCCCGACCGGACUCACACCGAGAGGAUCCUCGCGACCUGCCGUCCAUGGCGAUCUUCAUCUCCACCCUCCUCUUCCCCUUCGUCAUCGUGGUGAGGAUGACUCCGGCUGUCAGUCAGUCCACUGAGCCGCCAGAGAAUUGUUACGACUGGGGGGAGUCCAGUAACGGGACGGUCUGGGUCCUGGAGGGGGAGUCCGGUUGGCUCUCCUGUCCUCUUUUCUCUCAUCCCUCCGUCUAUAACUACACCUCCACCCAGAGCGCCGGACACAACCUGGUCUGGUACCGUCUCACCGAGGGCCAGGACCUGGAGCAGCCCAUCACGUACAGCUCGCGCUUCACUAAAGACCGAGACAGACUGUGGCUGCAGCCGGCCGCCAGCGCCGACACCGGACAGUACAUCUGUAUGCUACGUAACAAGACGUCCUGCAGCAGGAUCGCCAUGCGCCUGAAGGUGCUGCGGCCCGACCAGGUGGCCCGCGGCGCUGACUGCGCUGUCGCCGUGUCGACGAGCCAUUUAAUCAUCCCUUUUGAGAAGGGGAAGAUGCUGGACUGCCCGGACCUGCAAGACGCCGCCAAGAUGGCCGACAGCGAGCCGACCGUCACCUGGAACUUUGUGACACCGGACAGCUCGGUGUGUCAGAAGGAUCCGUUCUGGAACAACCGGCAGCAGAUUGGAGUCCGACUGCGUAUCGACAUCAUGAUGGAUUCAUUCCAGGGUUUAUAUUACUGCACAGUUCACUACCAGAGGAGAGGAAAGACUCUCAGAUUCACCCGGAGCAUCAACGUCACCGCAGUCUCUCCGGAGAAUUUACCCAAAGAGCCGACGAUCGUCCACCCGGCCAGAGACCAGGUCUACACCGUCAUACAGGACACGGAGGUGCGUCUGGUGUGUAAAGGUCUGUUCCCCUACCUGGACUCUGAACCUGAGAUCUGGUGGACAGUCGACGGGAAGACGUUGGAUAAACUUCCAGACCACGAGCGAUUCUCCAAAACCAACAGGCUGGUGAAGUGGGACUACGGGGACCGGACCAUGGAGAGCGAGCUGCUGAUCCAGAACUUCCAGUCCGAAGACCUGAGCAGAGAGUUUAACUGCUCGGUGAGGAACGAGAGAGGCUUCGACACCCGCAGAGCUCAGCUGGUGGAGGAGGUGUCGCUGCCGUCGGUGGAGCUGGGCUGCGGUCUGGGCGUGACUCUGGUCCUCAUGCUGCUGCUGUUCGUGGUGUAUCACGUCUUCUGGCUGGAGCUGCUGCUGCUCUAUCGCUCCUGGUUCGGCACCGAUGAGCGACACACAGACGAUAAGGAGUACGAUGUGUACAUCUCGUAUGCGAGGAACAGUGAGGAGGAGCAGUUUGUUCUGUCCACACUGCGCAGCGUUCUGGAGAACGAGCUCGGAUACUCAGUGUGUAUCUUUGACAGAGACAGUCUGCCAGGAGGGACCAUCACAGACGAGACUCUGAGUUUCGUGGCUCGUAGUCGGCGCCUCCUGGUGGUCGUUAGCCCCGGCUACGCCUCUCGGGGCUCCCAGGCUCUGCUGGAGCUGAAGGCCGGCAUCGACGGCAUGGCGCUGGGGGGGCACCUGCGGGUGAUCCUGAUCCAGUACAAGCCGGUCCGGAGGCAGGGCUGGGUCAGGGAGCUGAGGAGGGCCCGGGUGGCUCUGGCGCUGGUCAGGUGGCAGGGGGACAAGUCCAAGGAGCUGACGUCCCGCUUCUGGAAGAGGCUGAGGGUGGAGUUACCUGUGAGGAGGGUUAGCAGCAGGGAGGAGGUGGAGGAGGAGGAGGGGAGCACUAAGGAGGUGGCUCUGAUGAGGCUGAGCAGUCAGAACAGCACCAGCUCACAGACCGGACUCAUCAGUAACACUGUCAAAGACCCGCAGAAGGUCCUGAACUCUGCAGCGUAGAGACCAGAACCAUCCAGACAUUUCACAGCCAGGCUGAGACUUUACUACAGGAACAUGUUUUCAGUUUAUAUAAAACCUAUAAAACUUUAUUUUUCAUUUUACUGGUUCAAUUCUACGCUAACAGGUACCAGACGAUCAGUCACAGGUCGGUAUGGAAGCUUCACCCAAAGUAACACAGAAGUACAGAAACAAUGAGACACUUCAGAAAACUGUCUUUACCGUCUCAUGUAAGACGAGACGUCCACCUGUUGGAACCGGUCCUCUUCAGGAUCACUCCUCCUCCUCCUCCUCCUCCUCCUCCUCCUCCUCAUCAUCAUCAUCAUCAUCAUCAUCAGUCACUUCUCACCUGCACACUAUCAUGACAUGUAUCACUGUGUACUGUAUGUUUGUUCAUGUGUGACUCUAGAAUGUGUCCAGAUAUCAGAGCACUUCAUUAACAGGAAUCUUUCCUACAGUGAAGUCUGAUGAUAUUUUCAAAAGGUAAUCAUGAGUGUUGAUCCCUGAUGGAGAUCUGCGUUUUACAUGAUUGUCCCUUUAAUGAUUUAGCCAGAACAAUGAAGGCUUGUUAGUAUUUCCUCAUGUGUUAAAUAGGAGUUUAGAGUUCCUGAAUUACUUUUAAAAUCACCUUCAUCUGACACAGAUAUUGUCACCUUUGUUUAUCUGUAUCGUAACAUAACCUAAAUAUAUCAUAAUAGUACUUUAAGGCCUGAUCGCUCUUCACCUGCAUCAGUAUUUGUGUUAUUCUGAAAACACGAAGGACUGAGAGGAAUCAGAUUAUCAGCAUCUUCUGAUGAGCAAGUGUUGGUGGUGAAGUGUGAACAUCUGGGAGCUCGGUGAGCGUGAACGUCUAACACUGAAAUAAAACGUUGUGUCCUCUGCGUAGAGUCAGAUUUAGGAUCUCAGACGCUGCGGUGUUAAAAAUCACAGCAGCUUCGAGACGUUGGAGAUGAAACAGCGACCUGCUGACGAGUCGACACGCUGCAGCCUCAGUCAGUAUGUUUACACAGGAACACCUGAGCAUUACUUCACAUGGGAUUGUUUUGCACGUUCUGUAUUUCUUAUUUUCUUAUCGUCACUGUUUCCACUUUUACACACUGAGUAUAUUAUUAUUAUUAUUAUAUCAUUAAAUGUAAAACAUAAUGACUCCAGCGUCUGUAAAGUGCCUUAAACCUGCUGUCUGCCUGACGUCCAGCAGAGGGCGACUCCACUAAUCCUGAUCGUUUGGAGGCUUUUAAUAAAAUUAAUGUGCUUCUCACCUGUUAAUGACGUCAGCGAACUGUUUCCUGAUGAGUUCAUGUCUCCAUGUCUUGUUUUAAAUCUCCUUCAGCUGUUAGUUUUGUCACGUUGAAGGAGAUUCACUUCUGGUUCUAAAGAAACAAGAUGCUCAACUCAACACUUCAAAUCCACAAACCAGUUCUGAUUUUUUUAUAUACAUAUAUUCUAUUUUUCUCUUUUAAAAAAUAUAUAUUUGUCUGUAACACAUUAAUUGAACAGUAUUGUGAUAUAAUAUAAACAUAUCUGCACUUUCUUAUGAUCUUUGUUUUGUAUUUUAGCAUUUUACCAUAUUUGAUAUCAUAUUUUUUUAAAUAAACUGAUUUUUCACCCUCA